ACUAAUUCAGUAGUGCGGUGGCCAGCGAUGGCAAUUCAUCAACUUCUGCUGCUGGCCAGCCUACUCGGAACAGGAGCUUGUACCAUGGUCCGUAUCCAGAUGAGCUCGUCGUUAAGAACCUGGACAGCUAAUGGGAUCUUUGAAGGAGGAAGAUCCCUUCCAGCUACUGGCUACAUAUUCUACGGCGGCGACUAUUGUCAAGCAUCAUCCCCAUCCUCAGAUCGGUCCAUCGUUGUCUUUGCCACACCGGACAACUGCAGUUUUGACACGAAAAUAAGAAACGCGGAGAACGAUAAUGCAUCAGCAAUAGUGUUUCUUUUUGACAGAGAAUUCAGCAGUUACGAAAGGGCCAUUAAAUAUAUUUCAAAUACAACUGUCAGCGUUAUUUUUAUAUCACAACCCCAGAAAGAAAUUUUGAAAUUCAUCGAUACAAGCAGACUCGGUGGUGGCUACGCCACUGCAAUGGAGAUCAACCAACCCGAUAGUCAAUCCAGGAAGUUUCUUUUGGUAUCAGCUGUCAUUUCCUUAGUGAUUUUUGUGGUUGGAGGAUGUUACGGGGCUUGGUACUACCACGAUCAAAUAGAAGUCAUGAACGAUAGAGAGAAGUUGCAGACAUCGGAAGAAUGCGCCAUUGAAACCACAAUUGAAAAAAUCCCAUCUAGAGCUUUGAUGGAUUCCAGUGAAAAAGUGAUUGAAGACUAUAACACCUGUGCAGUUUGUUUUGAAAAUUAUAAACUAUUUGAAAUAAUAUCAUCACUUCCAUGCAGCCACAUAUUUCAUAAAAGUUGUUUACACCCUUGGUUAACUGAAAGGAGAUCAUGUCCUCUGUGUAAAAUGGAUAUCCUAAAACAUUAUGGGCUACCGGCUGCAAGUAGUGAAGAAAGCAUUAUAAACAUACCCUUAGAUGAUACAGUGUCUUAUUUGGAAAGUAUGCCAAUCUAAUACGAAGAAUGUUUCCUGCAUCAUAGUAUACCUUGGCUUGCUACUGAAGGCUGAACGAAGAGUGUAGGAACAGGAGAGCAUUGGAGCAGUGGAGGAGUGAUGAUGGCUUUACUAAGUGGUCAAAUUAUAAAAACAUGACUAUCUCAAAACUCACAUAUAACAACCUAUUACAUUACUAUUACUGCCACUUGUAAGUAGACCUAUUGAUUCUCUUUACUGACCUUCUGAUGGUAAACUAGUGAUUGGCCUAAACAUAGAAUGUCAAUGAGAUCUCCAUGAAUUAAAUAUUAUUUGACACAGAGAGGAUUCAAGCCAACGGCCCAAAUGCACUCGCCUAUUAUGGCCUCAAAACUAAGUUUACAAAUUGCAUUUGUAACAUUCUCUAGUGACCAGUGAUCUAAGUAAGAGGGUUGUGUUAUUGUCACUAUUAUGGGAGAUACACUGAUGGAAGAGUACCUGUAUUAUAAAAAAUAAAUAUUGAUCACCUAUAUUUUAGAUUUAUGAAUACUUGUAAUGAUCCAUGAACUGAUUUCUAAAUAGUGAGCAUUUCUAAAUAGCAGAAGUACACAUCUUGAGGAAAAUUUCCUAUUUUUGCAGCUGAUGUAAUCCAUAAUUAAAAAACAAAACAAAAAAAAAAUAUUUUUAAAAUUUUGUUUGUGACUAUAACCAUCCAAAUUUAUUACUUAUAGAAUACUUUACUCGUUUUUGAAAAAACAUAAUAAUAGGAAUUUAACCUUCUUUUUUUUAUAUUUUUGUGCAAGCAAGCAUUGUUAUCAAUAAAUCAAAUGUAGUUAACUAGCAUUUAUUUUCUAUAAAAAAACAAGCUUUUGACUGGUGAACCAUACUUUAAAAACUCUAACGAAACAUCAUUCAAACAGGGGUAGUUUCAGGGCAUUGAUUUUUUAAAAAACAUAAUAAUCUUACCUUCCAUUUAACUGACAUUGUGAACCUAGUCAAGAGCGCAUCCUCAAUUUAAUAUUUCAAAUAUAAUUAGUUCAAACAGGUUUACCUUGAUCAAGCAGGUCAAAAAGCAAAGUUGAAAACUUGAAACCAACCACGAAGAGAGGACUGACCAGUCAAUAAGUUCUCAGGUAAAAAAGAUGGUAUUGUCUUCAAUUCUUCUAAAUCUUGAUUUUAUGAAAGUUUAGUUACUACACACAAAUUGAUUUUCUUUUUAUCAAUUUACUACAUAAAUAAUAAAUAAAAUAAAUGUUACAAAUGAACCAGGCAGUACAGAACAAAAAAUUGACUAAAAAAAAUGAAAGUCAAUAUGUUUUGUCAAUAUCUAGGAACAUUUUUAUAAAUGUCAUUACAUAAUUUUUGAAAGAUAAUUGAUCAAUCAUAGGACAAAUCAUAAAAGAAUCUUCCAUUCGUAAUCUGACUAGUAUAGUUUUAGAUGUAAUUUUCUAAUGUUUUCAUCCCCCCUUGCCAAUAUCUUAUAUAUUCUUGUUUCCAGCAAUACUAUAUUAUGUAGGACAACCAAAACAUUGAGAAUAGAAAGAUGGAAAUCAUAUUCUUGAUUUCAUUUUGUGGUCUUAAAGUCCAGAUACUAUCUCCUUUGGCAGCACAUUAGGAAAAGGAAAUAUCUAUGAUUGAAACUGAUUCAUUGAAUUUUUAAUAGUAAGUAUUUCUAAAAAAUUUUGUUGGUGGUUCUCGCCUUCUUAUUUUUGUUAAAUUUUUUUGUCAUAAGUAUUUUUCCAACAAUAACAAACCAUAAUAAAAAAAUAUAUAAAUAACCCAAGGAAAAAAAUCAGUGAAUUGUUCUAUACCUGUGGUGUCCCUUUACAGAUUAACAGUA